UUUCGAUAUAAAAAAUAAUUUUAAAAAAUGUCUAUAAACGACAUGUUACGGGGGUGGGAUAUGACCCUCUAUUUUUAUACCGGGAUUGUUUUAAUACUAAACUUCACGUUUUCUCUAAUCGACUCGCAAUUUCCACAAUCUAUGGUUGAUAUGAAGUUUAUAUUAAACACAUCCCUAUACGACAUAUCACUGACCAGUAUGUUGGCCACAAUGACCAUCAAUUUUGGACCCGUUUUGGGUUUACUCUACAAGUAUGGGAACCGACAGCUAAUCACUGUAUUAGUGUUACUGACGAUGGCAUUGGCCAACACGGCCAUACCAUUCACGACACAUAUAUCGCAGUUAUUUGUUAUUGAAUUUUUCUACGGCUGUACGUUCGGGGCCUGGAGUUCCGUCGUAAACGUAUGGAUCAUAGAACUGUGGCAGCACCGGUGUACACAAGUAUUAUUUAUAUGUCAACUACUGGUGGGGUUGGGCAGUGUGCUGGGGGCUGUCCUUACCAGUCAAUACUUAACUACUGACAAACAACUACUUAAUUCAGACCAUGGAUUAAAUAUUAGAAAUGAUGUCCGUUUGGCUAAAGUCUAUGAGAGGCGAACCACUCUGGAGGUGCCGUUUGUGAUGACCGGCGCCACUCAUACACUAUGUAAGGGGAACGGCAUAUAA